AUGUCGAAGUCAGGCGUCGUGAAGAAGUGGAUGGACAACGGCUAUGGCUUCAUAGGACCAGAUGAUGGCAGCCGAGAUUUGUUCUGCCACGUUUCGAGUUUGAGAGGUUGCCGUGGCUUGGGCAAGGGGGACAAGGUGCGCUUCGAUGCGGAGUACGAUGAUGUCAAAGGCAAGAUGCGAGCCGUGAACGUGUCCCUGUGCCCAAGGCGGGAUGAUGGUCCGAGCAGGCAGAGGCUUGGUAUUGAAGGACGUCCAGCUCUUGAGUUUGUGCGCGAGCCGGUGCUGUUGGGCCGCCUGUCAUUCCGGGGCCCUGCUCUUCAUGAACACGAAGAAUUGGGAGCCGCAGGUGACAAGAGCGCCGGUUCGGGCGAGAGAACUUGGGUGAGGUCACGGUCCAAGAGCGUUCCAUCGAAGAGGUCUUGCAUGACCUGGCUGCCGAGGCAACCCAGCAGCUGCAGCAGCUACUCUGAUGAGGCCGCUGACAGACUUACACAUCUUCUUGCGGUGUGCUGUGAGGCAGAAAUUCACCAGUUUGCAUGGUAG